CAUUUCCAUCUUUGGCUUACAUUGUCGUUCAUGUUUGUAUAAACUAUAAGGUUUGCCGACGUAAAAUAAACUGUGGUGUGCAGUUUCGGUGUUUGGGCUUGUAUCGUGGUAUGUUCGAUUUCUGGAAAUUAAUGUGGAAAGAAAAGGCGUCAUGAAUGAUGGUUGGGAGUCUGAUGGUGAAAGCCACAUACAACACACUCCAGUAUAUUCCCAAACCUUUAGCCGUGGAGGUAGCCGGAGAGGUGGUGGCACAGGAUGUGAUUAUGGAAACUGGCAAGGUGGUGGGAGGAAUAAUUACAGAAGUAAUAAUCCAGCUGAAGAAAAAGAGAAUGAACAAGGAAGUGGAAGGUUUGAUCACAAUAGAGGAAGACAUCGAGGUGGUGGGAGUUGGCGAGAAAAUUCUUCUGGUGGUCCUAGUGGCUAUGGGGGAGGAUCAGGUGAUGGAACCAAAGUUAUGAUAAAGUCAAGUGAUGUUGGGAAGGUCAUAGGAAAAGGUGGAUCAAAAAUACGAGAGCUGCAGGGUGAAAGUGGUGCACAUAUUCAGAUUGGAAAGCCAAGCGACGAAGAUUUUGGCCAAACAACAUCAGUGAUUGUAUCUGGAUCUGGUGAAUCAGUUGCUAAGGCAAAGCAGCUGAUUGAAGAUUUUUUGAAUAACUUCAAUUCAAGGAGUAAUGGAAGCUCUGGCAAUAUUAGUGGAUCUGGAAAUGGUGUCUAUGGGACAGCUGUUUCCGAGUCUGAACCAAAGAAGCCACCAGUUAUAAAUUGGGCUGAGGUUAACAGAAUCUAUGAUGAAGCCCAGAAAGAACGAUGGAAUAAAUGUCCUCCAUUACUUAAGGAUUUUUAUAUUGAAGAUCCACAUGUUGCCAGUAUGUUGCCAGAGGAGGUCCAGAAACUCCGGAAGGAAAAGAAUAACAUUGUUGUGACUUAUGUGUUUGAAGAAGGUGAAAAUGCAAUACCUAAUCCUGUUCGGACAUUUGAGCAGUGCUUUGCACAUUAUCCAGACAUUUUAGAAGAAAUUUAUAAGCAGAACUUUGAAGUUCCUUCACCUAUACAGUGUCAAGCUUGGCCAAUUUUAUUAAAAGGUCAUGACCUUAUUGGGAUUGCACAAACUGGCACAGGGAAAACCCUUGCUUUCCUGUUACCAGCUCUUAUCCACAUAGAUAAACAACCAGUUCCUAGGUCGCAGCGUGGUGGAGCAAAUGUUCUGGUGAUGGCUCCUACAAGAGAAUUGGCUUUGCAAAUUGAAAAGGAGGUGAAAAAAUAUAGUUACAGGAAUAUUAAGUGUGUUUGUGUAUAUGGAGGAGGAAACAGACGGGAACAAGUGAAUCUUGUUGCAGAGGGAAUUGAGAUUAUCAUUGCUACUCCAGGAAGGUUAAAUGAUUUAGUAAUGGCAGGUAUAAUUGAUGUUAAAUCUGUUACUUACUUGGUCCUUGAUGAAGCAGAUCGUAUGUUGGAUAUGGGAUUUGAGCCUCAAAUUCGGAAAAUCCUCUUGGAUAUUCGUCCAGAUAGACAAACUGUUAUGACCAGUGCAACAUGGCCUGAAGGUGUUCGGAGGUUAGCCCAAUCAUAUAUGAAAAAUCCCAUCCAAGUAUUCAUUGGUACUCUAGAUUUGGCAGCAGUUCAUAGUGUUACACAGAGGAUAGAGCUAAUAAAAGAGGAAGAUAAAAGUGCAUUGCUGAGAGAAUUCAUUGAUAAUAUGGAACCUGAUGACAAAGUUAUAGUCUUUGUUGGCAAGAAGACGCGAGCUGAUGACAUUUCAUCUGAGUUAAGUCUAGAAGGAAUUAAAUGCCAAAGUAUUCAUGGGAAUAGGGAGCAGUAUGAUCGGGAACAAGCCUUGGAGGACCUCAAGACUGGGGAAGUGCGCAUUUUGAUUGCCACUGAUGUUGCCUCACGAGGAAUUGACAUUGAAGAUGUCACUCAUAUAUUUAAUUAUGACUUUCCACGCAACAUUGAAGAGUAUGUGCAUCGUGUAGGCCGAACAGGAAGAGCUGGAAAAACAGGUGAAUCUAUCAGUUUGAUAACAAGAGAAGACUGGGCUCAAGCCAAGGAGCUGAUUGCAAUUCUGGAAGAAGCUAAUCAGGAAGUGCCCGAGGAACUUACAAAAAUGGCUGAACGGUUCAAUGUAUGGAAAGAAAAGAAAGCUGCAGAAAAGGAACGAGAAAGAAUGGAUCUUCGAGGUUGCAGGGGUGAAGGAAGGAGUAGUAGAAGUAGUUUUGGAGGUGGUGGUGGAGGAAGACGUGAUAGGGGUAAAUGGUAAAGAGAAUCUCAUAGUGCAUGUUGGUUGUAAUAAGUUUAAACUGUAUUUGACAGUUCAUAAGCACUGAAUACUAAAAUAAUGGAUACAAGAGAAGCGUACUUUAAGUAUGUUAAGUUCUUCUCCUGGUUUUUAUGCAAGUGAGAGGAGACUUGUUUAUAUGUUUUUCAAAUGUCACUGUUCUUAUUACAAUAUAAUUUCACUUUUGGUUAUCUAAAUUAUAUACUGACUAGUAUGUGGUGUAAAUUUUUAUACACACAUUCAAUAGAAGUUCUUCUGUGGCUAUAAAUCCACAGAUAUUAGAAAAAACGAACAUUUGUACUUGAAUAUGUUUUUGUUUUUUUUUUACUGGUCAUGUAACAUUCAUCUUUUAAAAUGAAGAUGUUUCUGUAUUGUUGCUGCUUUGUUGUAUUGUGUUAAAGCAUGUAUGAACUGUGUUUCAGAAUUGAGAGUCCACAGAUGUUACAAUUGUGAAUAAAUAUGUGCUGAAACUAC